AAUCCUUGUUUGUUUAAAAGGCAAGGGCAAGGAACAAAUAUAUACUCCAUCCAUAUAAAUAAUAAUCAUGAUAGAAUAGAUUCAUCACCACAGCACAAUACAUACAUACAGGCUUGCUUGAAUCGUCAACCAAAUAUCAACCAAUCAUCGAUGGCUUCUUCUUCGGAUUCCAUGGACAACACUUUCAGAGCUCGAGUCCAGAAGAUCUUCGGGUCUCUCUCCUCAUCUUCAUCAUCAUCAUCAUCGCUACGCCCUCCGUGGUCUCUCACCGGCGACGAGGUCGAGAAGAGACAGUGGCGACGACCCUCCUCCGCAAAAGACGACGACCAAACCCCCGUUUCUUUCUCCUUCGAUGGCCUUUUCGCCAGAAAUACUCGACGACGACACGACCUCCAAGAUAUCAAUGACGAUGAUGAUCAAUUGGGAGGCGGUAGACAUUCCUCUGAAUAUGGCGAGGGUGAUGGUAGAGACGAAUGGGAGAUCAGAUCGUCCAUUGGCUUGGACUCAACGCUUGAUAACGAGGAAGAAGAAGAUGAAUAUGAUAAAGUGGCCGAGGGCAGAGAGAAUGUUAGUGAUCGCUUGUAUAUGAGUGAUGUUACCAAUCAUGGACCAUAUUUGAACUCUCACAAUGUGCUUCCCAGUUCUGUCCACAAUGCCCCUAGGGAUCCUCGCGCCAAUCAAUUUGCUGCAAGACUUGGGCUGAAUGAAGAGAAAGUAGAAGAUCAGAAGUAUUGUUCUAAUCACACUAGUGAUGAUGAAUCUAUUCCAAAAGUUGAGGAGCCACAUAUUAAAGCAUCAGAAGAUGGUUGUAAACUGAAAUCUAUAUUGAAGAGGAAAAAUAAUGCGGCAAGUUCCAAGGCGCAAAAACAUGUGAGGUUUGAUCCAGAUUGCAAAGAUGAUUGUGAAGAAGCUUCAGAAAAACCUCGAGAUUUCAUGACGGGUACUUCCUCCAUGGAGAACAGCAUUUCUCAUCAUAACUCUUUGUUGGCUGGAAAUACACCAGGGUUUCCCAAUUAUGUGUUGAAUCCUUCCAAAUAUACACAUUACAGUUUUGAUUCGUCCAGUGAAAUUGAUGAUGAAUCCAAUAGCCAAGCUUGUGUGGACCUUCUUAAGCUGGUAAAAAUGUCAAAGCCCAAAGAGUCUGGGUCACAGUCAGGGGAGGUAUCAUCUCAUCUUCCCAUAACCUUCAUACCAAGGAAGAAGGCAAGUGGUGCAAGACCAGAAGAUAAUAGCAGUGAGGUGAAGCAAAACCAAGAUGAGGUUUGUACUUUGUAAGCAGUCGUUGAUUCAAACAGAGUUUCCCUUUUGCAUUGCUGCUGUGGAGACCCAGAGAAUUGAAGUUAAUGCCAUGGAAGAUGAGCUGGAAACAACUGCAACAGAUGCGGGUGCUGUUUCUAAGAAACCAUGUCGUCUUUAUCGAACCAUGUCAAAGUUAGAAGACCUUGUUUCUUGAUGUUCCAUUGCUGUUUUGAAGAGUUGCCUAAAUUUGUUAAUUCCGUAAACUGAGAUCUUGUUCUCUUCAAAUCUUGGUGCAUUUCAAGUUAUAAUCCCCAGCCCUGGCAAACUGAUGUCUGGAAUUGCUUUGAAGUGUUUGUUUUUUGCUUAGUAUGGAAUUGUUUGACAAAGAUUCAGUGGUUUGAAUGUGAUAUGAGGAGGGGUUUUUCUUAUCAAUUACUUCGUUAUUUUUUCUUGUUC